AUGCUGACUAAAUUAAUUAGGAAUUUUUCACAGCUGAAAAAUUAUUUUAAGUCAGCACAGCAUGGAGUUCCUGGGCCUGAAAAAAUCAAUAAACUAGGCGAAGACGCUUAUUUUACAAGCCCAGAAAUCAUUUCUAUUGCAGAUGGUGUAGGCGGGUGGACCACUAUAGGGAUUGACCCUUCUAAAUAUUCCUGGGAGCUUAUGAAUAACGUAGGAAAAGCAUUUGAAGCCCUCCCAGAGCCACAAAAAUACAAUGCUAGAGAUAUCCUAGUAGAAGCUGCCAAAAAUAGCAAAGAAAUAGGCAGCUCUACCUGUGCUUUAGCAAUCCUUGACAAAGAUGAGCCAAAACUAUAUACAGCCAAUAUAGGUGACUCUGGAUUUAUUAUUUACAGGAAAAAAGACGAAAAUAUCACCCUUGUCGCCAAAAGCAAAGAAGUUACCCAUGAUUUUAAUUUCCCAUUCCAGCUCGGCACAAAUGGAGAUGACCCUAAUAAAGCCAGCUUUGAGACUUUUGAAGUCCAAGACAAAGACAUUAUUAUAAUGUACACAGAUGGCGUAGGAGACAAUUUGCAUGAAGAGCAAAUCACUGGAAUUGUCAGCCUUUCUAUGAAUGCUGAGGUUAAUUUGAAAGAAAUUGCAGAAAAACUGGUGAAGCUUGCAUAUGAGCAGAGCAAUAAUAGGAUGUUUAAGAGCCCGUUUAUGAUUAAUGCAAUGAAAGCAAGGAUGAUAUGAUAUGGAGGGAAACCUGACGAUAUUACUGUGGUCUGUGGGGAGGUUAACUUAAAGAGCAACGAGUAG